AAAAGAAAGGGGGAGACCUCCUCUCUUGUUAAAGAUAUUGUUUGGGAUAAAGUACCACAUUGAGUUAGUUUUUUUUUUAGGAUAGUUGUUACGCUCUGUACGUCAACCCAUGUGACGUCAGAACCAACGCUCUGCUCAUGCUCGCGGGGACAGGAGAUGAGACUACUGCAGCUGGUAGAUGUGUUUUAGUGAUGUAAUGUUGCCUGUUUGGUGACUACGGAUGGCUGUUUGUGCCAGGUUGUGCGGAGUGGGUCAGUCGCGGAGGUGCAGGAGGCGACAGCGGCAAAACCAGCAGGAUCAGGGCAGCGAUUCCGACAUGGACGAAGAGGAGGAAGAGCGGAUUGUAGGGCACAGGCAAGCCGACGUCGGAGUCGUCUGCGGAGGAGGCCUGGAGAGCGACGUCGCCACUGCAGGGCCCAGCAGUGACGCGUGUGAAUAUGGCAGCGGUCAUGUCAACAGAAGAAGCCUUCUGGAUCACACAGGACCUGCACACCCGCAAUCAUUAGCGGAAUUACCACCAGAGCUUUUAGUGGAAAUACUGUCCCUGCUACCGGGAACAGCGCUACCAAAUGUUGCCCUCGUCUGCAAAAAAUUCAAGCAAAUCGUAAACACUGAAACCAUCUGGAGACGGCGGUGUACAGAGGAGUUUGGUAUGAAGGAGGAUUUGCGAAAGAUGGAGGUGGGAGGAGUAUCGAGCCGGGACCUCUACGUAAAACUGCUUCACCCGUACAGACAUAUCUUAGGCUUAUGGCAGCCUGACAUAGGGCCUUAUGGUGGACUGCUCAACGUCGUGGUGGAUGGGCUGUUCAUCAUUGGCUGGAUGUAUUUGCCACCUCAUGACCCCCGCGUGGAAGAUCCCAUGAGAAGGCGGCCGCUCUUCCGUAUCCACAUGUGGGAGAGCAAAAAGGCCACGGUGGAGUGCAUGUAUGGACACAAAGGGCCCCACAAAGGAGACAUUCAGACUGGGAAAAAGGACGAGUUUUCAACAAAAUGUAACCAGACAGAUCAUCAUCGCAUGCCAGGGGGCAGACAAGAGGAGUUCAGGACAUGGUUGGAGGAAGAAUGGGGUCGAACACUGGAAGAAAUUUUCCAUGAACACAUGCAGGAGCUCAUCCUAAUGAAGUUCAUUUACACAAGUCAAUAUGACAACUGCUUGACAUACCGGAGGAUCUACCUUCCUCCCACGAUGCCCACUGACCUGCUGCAGCCAGGCCUCUUUAAAGGCACCUAUGGCAGUCACGGCUUGGAGAUUGUCAUGCUAAGUUUCCACGAGUCUUCUGCAAGAGCCACAAAGCUCACUGGAGACCCAAAUGUUCCAGCAGGACAACUCACUCUGGAUGUUGACCUUAGACGGCCUGUAGUCCUCCCAGACUUGGAGCAACAGCGGAACAUAGAGGAGCUGUCUCGGUUGGUACUCGGGGUGCAUGAGCAGGUACAGAGAGAAGCAGAACAACAGGAGAAGAGCUCCAAUGCCACAGGCAGAGGUGCAGCAGAGGGAGCCUGUGGUGGUGCCAGUACAGCAGAAGGGGCUGAGGCAGACUGUGGCGAGUGUUCAGAUGGCUGCGAGCCUGGUCCCAGUACGGCCGGUCCUGUUGAAGCCCAGCCCUUUGUCCUGCCCCUGGGAGUUAUGGCUCGCAACGAGGUUUACCCUCGCACUUGCAGGAAAUGCUUCUAUGGGACAGGCCUGAUCGCUGGGCACGGCUUCACAAGUCCAGAGCGCACCCCAGGGCUCUUUGUGCUGUUUGAUAAGGACCGUUUCGGUUUCAUCUGGUUGGAGUUGAAGUCUUUUAGUCUGUACAGUCGCCUGACGGACCACCUAGCUCAUGCUCAAGCUCCAAACAUGGAGCGAUUUGAGGCCAUGCUGCGCAACAUGCAGUCCUGGACAUCCUGAUGCAGCAGGCUCUAAAAUUCCUCCCACAAUACAAUGCAUAGAAACACCAUUACACACAACUCACCUCUGCCCUCCACUGACAGCAUUGCUAUUAUGAUAGCCCAUGACCUUAACUAUCCCUGUUCUGUCCAUAUCUGUUUCACAAACAUUGUGUCUUACUGUCUAAUUAUGCUAGUUAUGUCACCCCCACACACUCACGCUCCUGUUCCUGUACGAGCACUUUGAAAGACGUCCUCAGUCACCGUUUAUCACCUCACUUCAGUAUGACCUUACUCCUCCAGUUCAGCAUGAUAACAGGUCACAUUCAAUUUUGUUAUUUAUUUAUUUAUUCCCUACUGGAGAAGAGGAAUGAUAUUUCAUGCCACUUAUUAUGGAGCAAACUGUACGUGCCUCUGAUUCUAAAACCAUGUCUGUACUUGGUUGUGCUUGAAGAAGAUAAUAGUGUCCAAUGUAUUCUACUAUAAAGUAUUAUACCAAUUUUAGUGCCCAACAUAUUAAACUGCAUGCAGUAUUUUAUUGAGAUCAAAUCACAUAACAACCAUAACAAGUAUCCUAACAUGAUGGGUUUUUUUUGCUUUUGACAUUGGAAGUUUAAAAAAAAUGGACAGCAUCUCAGGUGUUUCACUUUUUUCCACAUUUAAGUGAAAAACAGGACACAAGUAUUUAUGUGUCCAACAAAAAUGUAGGAUGUUGCAUCCAUUUUAUUAAUUUGUCCAAUAGGAAUGCUGAGGGAGAUUUGUUAUGGGCUUUUUUUUUAACCAUUGACAAGAGAGGAUUUGCUGUCUUAUCAAACAGUGUAGCUACAUCAGCCAGUUUUGGUCGGACUGAUAUGUUUUUGCCCUUUAAACUUAGGUGAUAACCUUUACAAGUAUAUGCUUUUGCAUCAAACAUACUUUUCAUAAUGUUAUAUAAGCUGAAAAAAAUGUAUUGUAUUGCAAUAGAUGAACAUAACCUAAACACACUGGUAAACUGGAUUUAAUCAAAACUAUACAGUUUAUGUGCUUCUAUAAUUAUGGUCUGAACCAAAAGCUUCUCUUACCUUAAAAAUGUAUUGCAUUUGUUGUUGAUCAAAAGGCUGACUUAACGUUUGCCUGGCUUUACACCUGCAAAGCUACUCCCCCUCCAGUUUCCUAAUUUAUUUUGAACCUGAGACCCGUCAGGCUGAAUUUUACACAACUUAACAGCUAAAAGUGCAUCUCAAAGUACCAAGUAAGUGUCUGUAUGUGUCAUUACGGCCUGAUGGUGGUGCCCAGUAGCUUUCCUACUCCAAGUGCACUUUUCUGGGCAGUAUAGUGAAUCAGUUAGAACCACUGGCCAGCACUUUUAUAUCAGACUGCAGCUUUACAUUCGCAAAAAACAAUAUAAAUGUCUGCUCAAGCAUCUUCAAUUUACUUGGAUCAGAUUAUCUUAAUUUCCUCUCAAAUUUGGUACGUUUAUUUCAUACAUUCUUGUAUCUGUAAGCCUUCUGUACCCAGCUAUUUGAAUGAUUUGCUUUUGAAAAGUGUUGCUUUGUGUUAUUUUCAAUGCCUGAUUUUAUGGAAAACGAUCUAAUUUUGACCUAUUGAACUGCUCACUAGAGACUUCAGGGAGCUUUUCAGCUUAAAUGCUCUUCUCAGUAAUAAAAAAAUACAAAACUGGAUACAA